CGCGUGACAAAUAACAAUUCAGUCACGAAGCAUCGGUUCACGACGGAAUCCAUCGAAGAAUGCUGCAGAGUGGAAGGCCGAAACGCAUAAGGGCGCUUCAGGCCUGUGAGGUAUGUCGGACCAGGAAAAAUCGCUGCAGCGAGGACCAGCCAUGCACAUACUGCGUCGAACACGGCUUAGAAUGUACAUAUUCUCGUGCCCAUCGCGACAGAAGACAACGGUCACGGCAAGCACCUCUUCAUCGAUCGUCAUGUAUCUUUGCCUGACAACUUACACAGGCCAAUCAUGCAAAUCCAAUCACCGAGGAUGAACCCUGGCUCUUCGCGACGCCAUCAAUCUCCUGCCAUCAACUCCGAGCAGAACAACGUCGAAGGAUCUUGGUCAACUGCGCCGAGGCAUGCCGAGCCCGUUGAACAAACUUCUGCUCACCAGCCACGCCUUCUACAGUCCAACGAGACGUGGAAGCAGCCUCCUUUAUCUUCUAUGAGCAUGAACAGUACUAAUUCCGUCUCUCUAACGCCACAAAGGAAGGCGUCUGACGUUAUGGGCACAAACUUGCACACAAGCAAUCUCGAAUUCUACGGAUCCUCAUCAUCCGUAGCGUUCCUUCGUCACAUGGAAACGUUAUCAAAAAGCCAAGCUACAGACUCCGUACGCGGACCAUCAAGGUGCUCAUUAGCUUCACUCUUGCAGAACACCGAGUUCUGUCCCGACAUGUCGCAAGAGCCGCAGCGAACACCAGAGGCAAGUUCCAACUUUGACCGAUUCCAUUUCCGUGUUGCUAGACGAUUCUUGGAUUCAUACUUCUCCAAUAUUCACCAUAUCCAGCCCAUUUUCGACGAAGAAAGCUUUCUGAGUCGUUGCGAAGACCUCUGGUUCAACACUCCCGAAAAGCAGCCAUUGUCUUUCGUAGCUCUUUACUACGUCACUUUGAGUCUGGGCAGCCUCGUGAUGACUCUCGAGACCCCAGAGAUUGCUGGAGCCGAUCGUUUCACUUGGAGUCGAAGGCUAUUCGAUACAGCGCUCGCCAUCGUAACACGACUCGGUGCAGCGACAGACAUUGAGAUGGUUCAGUGCUAUUACAUGAUGAGCAAGAUAUAUCAGCACGAACUCAACCCUCAUGUGGCAUAUCUGUACUCUGGUCAAGCGGCGAGAACCUCAUUGGCGAUCGGAAUCAAUCGACGACCAGUUGGUACCGACGUAACUGAUCCAAGAAGUUCCAUGAUGGCAUCGAAAACAUGGUGGGCUGUCUAUUGUCUCGAUAUACAGACUAGUUUUGCUCUCGGCCGACCUGACAGCCUUGGGCCCGACGAAUACCAUACACAAGAUCUUCCAACCAAAGCAUCGGACAUGACCCGCUCGAUCCCCGACAAUCUUGACAUUGUUCCCUGCAUGGUUGAGCUCUCGAGGAUCAUGCGAAAAGUAGCACUCGCCCUGUACACGGUGCCCUGCGAGAUGGGCGAAAAAUUCCGGCGAGCACAGACACUCGAUGCCACCUUGUGUAGCUGGCUUGAACAAAUCCCGUCCUACCUUCGUAUCGACCAAGACGUGUUUCCAAGCCAAUCCCUGAAGCCACACGCGUUUACCAACUGCACCAAGAAACAAUCCGUCGUGCUCCAGCUUCGCUACCUAAACCUACAUAUGAUGAUCCACGCCGCAUUCAUGACUCAAGAGGACGGCGACGCAGACACAUCGUCAGGCUUUGCGACAUCUGUGCGGCAGUGUCAGCGCAAGUGUCUAGAUGCGGCGGAAAGCACGAUUGACCUAAUAUACAAGACAUUCUUGGGCGACAGUUUCUUUCAGACAUGGUGGUAUAAUGCAACAUACACGUUAUUUGCGGUCAGCAUACUACUCGCCGCCGUUUUUCAACAACUUGCGACCAGCCGGCAUGCACUCGACAGCCUUUUCGCUCACAUUGACCGUUCGAUACUAAUUCUACAAGCCAUGGAUGAAUGCCAGGUUGCCAGGACUGCGACGGCGAUUAUCAAGAGAUGCCUUGCUCGGGCAAAAAAGGCCCCACAGCCAGCAUUAUCAGACAUACGGCAGGGUGGUUCAUCGGCGAGCGACGUGGAUGUCAAUGUUGAUGGCACAACACUGCUGCCGCCCACAUCUUUUGAGCAGGCCGAGGCGCCGGGAAACAUGGGAACACCGUUGCAGUCUUACGCAACUGAAGGUGUCAUUGAACAAGAAGCCUUGGGGGAUCUCGAUUGGCUCAACAGUUAUCCAUUUGAUGACAGCCUACAGCCUCUAUUUUGGACACGGUGGGCACAAGAACUUGACAUUGUAGGGACAUGAAUGAUACAACCGAAGAACUUUUCUCCUUUUUCAUUGCCCGUCCUCUGCCAUGCCUCCCGCGCGAAAAUCCAACUAUGAACGGCACCCCGUGCAAUUGUCAUUCAGCAGUCACCCUACCUUGAACAGAUUGCCCAGUGGCCAGAGAUAUCACUAUCGAGGAUGGAUGUUCUGGUCCGGAAUACACGA